CCCCAGUCCUGGGUAGAUGGCGCCGGCGGAACGGUGCCCUGUUUGCCGCCAGACCUUCUUCUGCGGCCGCGGACACGUCUACAGUCGCAAGCACCAGCGGCAACUGAAGGUGGCUUUGGAGCGGCUUCUGCCUCAGGUGGAGGCCGCCCGCAAGGCCGUCCGCACCGCUCAGGUGGAGCGUUACGUGCCCGAGCACGAGCGGUGCUGCUGGUGCCUGUGCUGCGGCUGUGAGGUGAGGAAACACCUGAGCCACGGAAACCUGACCGUGCUGCAUGGGGGUCUGCUGGAGCAUCUGGCCAGUCCAGAGCACAAGAAAGCAACCAACAGAUUCUGGUGGGAGAACAAGGCUGAGUUCCAGAUGAAAGAGAAGUUUUUGAUCUCCCCCCAGGAUUAUGCACGAUUCAAGAAGUCCAUGGUGAAAAGUCUGGAUUCCUAUGAGGAAAAAGAGGAUGAAGUGAUUAAAGAGAUGGCAGCUCAGAUCCGUGAGGUGGAGCACAGCCGGCAGGAGGUGGUUCGGUCUGUCUUAGAGGUUGGUUUCCCUCGGAGGAACCAGAGCACCUCAGACAGUGCCAGACCCAGAAGAGGGCUCUUCGGCACCUGGAAGCUGGAAAGGGACAAACAGGUAAGAUUGUUAGGAAACCUCUUAUUGGGAGUUCUGACAUCUCUUAGAACAUUCUGUAACUUUGGCUGGGAAAAGGGAACAAAUCUCAUCUUUGCUAUCCUCAUGGCUCAAGGACCUUGUCUGCCAGCCUGGCUCCUGUUUGUCUUUUUCAGCCAAGUAGCCUCCACCUCACAGCAGCCCUCAUAUGUGGACCUGCCACCAGCCCCAGAGCUUGACUGGAUGGAGACAGGACAACCUCUGACAUUCAUUGGCCAUCAGGAUACACUAGGAAUUGGUAACAUCCACUCAGGUGCCACACCUCCCUGGAUGGUCCAAGAUGAGGACUGUAGCUUUGGGAACCAACAAAUAGGACCCUCCUAUGAAGAGUUUCUCAAAGAAAGUAAGUUAACUAAUUCAGAAAUGGGGAUGGGUUCUUUAAGUCUUCCUACUCAAAUAAAACUGCUUAUUGUAGAGGAAAAACAGAAAUUGAAGAAACUCCCACCAGACAGAGUUGGGGCCAAUUUUGAUCAUAACUCCAGUACCAGUGCAGGCUGGCUGCCCUCUUUUGGCCGGGUCUGGAAUAAUGGACGCCGCUGGCAAUCCAGGUAUGGGCCCAGUGUCAGGACCCCAACCCACUCCCCCUUGGAGAUCUCACCCUUCGUCCUGCUAACCCUUCAUUUCCUUUCAGGCAUCAAUUCAAAACUGAAGCCGCAGCAAGAAACAAACAGCAGUCACAUAAAAAGAAAAGUUAAUGGUUUCCUAAUACAUUUUCAACCACCAUAAUGCUCAAAGCCAAAUCAACAAGCCGAUACCUACUAUUACCCUUUGUAACUGCCUUCCUUGGGAAAAAAGACAUGCCCA